AUGGUCCUGUUUCGAAAAAGCGUUCGGAAGUCGGAUGAUGUGCAUCUUCCGAUGGACCCUGAAGGGCGGCGUCGGAGGAGGCCCUCCUUCUUGCACAACUCGGACGCUGGAGCCAUGUCGACCGAGGCUGCUACCGCGGACGCGGAGGCGGUCGAUCACGAGCAGAUCGCCUCGCUGGCGCUGUCGACCUACCUCGGGCUGCCGCCGCGCGGCGCUAAACCGGGCGUCAAAUCCAACGGCCGACUCGAAUGGACCGUGCUGGCCGCCUUUGCUCUGUCCUUCCCUUCGACGGACGGUUCCAAGCCGCGCGAGUAUACGCUCAUAUCGCUCGCAACGGGGCUGCGCUGCCUUCCGUACGCUUCGCUAACAGUGCACGGCGACGUGCUACACGACCAGCAUGCCGAGGUCCUCGCACGAAGGGCGGCGCGUCUAUGGCUCCUCCACCGCCUCGAACAAGAACACACUUCGCCCGGUAGCGGUGUCAACUCGCUCUUCGAACCAGAGCAUUCCGACGCACUCGACGGGGCGAAGAGAUGGCGGCUGCGGUCGGGCGUGCAAUGCCACCUGUACGUAUCGACACUGCCAUGUGGAGCGGCUUCCAGCCGUCUGCUCGAGUUCCAGCGCGCCGCCCAAGAUGCUGCGGCUCAGAAGCCCGGCGCGCCAACUCCGGACAAGCUUCUCAACCGCUAUCUAUGCGGCUCCACCGACGGUCUGACGACUAGUUCGAGCCGGUCUGGCGCAGCGGACGUGGUGCGAGGACGGGCGUCUUCGACACAGCAACCAGGCACGUCGGCAUCACUGCGCACCAAGCCAGGCCGCCCCGAUGCGCCGCCGAGCAUCUGCAUGUCGUGCAGCGACAAGCUCGCGCUCUGGAACGCGCCCGGUGUCGGUAUCCAAGGCGCACUGCUAUCUGCGCUCAUCGCACCGGUUCACAUCAGCUCCGUCACCAUCGCCGACCAUCCGCUGCGAUACAUCUUUCCGCCCUCCUACCCGGAUGCAGAAGCGCGCGUGGACCAACUCAAGCUCGUGCUGGCAGAUGACUGUAAGCGUGCCCUCGAGCGAGCGAUGGAUGGAAGACGCUCGAUUCAGGUCGGCUGGUCAGAGGCCGUGUAUCCAGACAGCAAAGAGGCAAAGCUGCAAACUAGCUCGACAGAGGCCGAACCAGAAAGCUGCGUCAACUCCGUCGUUCAUAUUGCCGACCCGACGGGGAAGGGCAAGGGGAAGAAGGCAAAGACCGAGAACCUCGCAGCAGGUACAAAGAUGGGCGCACCCACCAAGCGCGCAGCCGAACAACCACUCAAGCCCGCUGCGAGAUCGGGCGUGUGUCGGCUCAAUUACUUCGGUGCCGUCGUUGCCACGAUGCGCGCAACUGGAAGAAGCGUUCCCGAUGGACUGGUGUACGCAAAUGCCAAGCAAGGAUGCCUAGGUGGAGGAACGAUGGCGUAUCGUCAGGCCAAAGAUGCUGUGCUAGGUCCACGCGAUGCCGCACAGCAGGCAGUCGACAGCUUCCUCGAACGCGCCACCCGCGCUACCGCCAUCAACACGCCCGCACCCGCACCAGGCGAUGCACUCCAUCCGUCUGCGGAUGCACCGCCGCUUCACGGCUGGCUCAGAUCUCCCGCACAUCUCGCGCACUUCGACCUGAGUGGCCACCGCACACGGCAAGCGUGA